AUGCAAGUAAAGAUGCUAAUACUAUACCAGUUGUGUCAGAUAACUCUGAAUGUUCCAACAAUUUGCCAAGAUCAAAAAAAGCAUGAAAUACUUGCAAAACAAAUGAUAAAGCAAAAUCGAAACCAUAAUGUUUUGCAAAUUCGCGAAUCACAAAAUUAUCAUGAUAAUCUUGAAUCUUUACCCUUUAAUGCCAAUAAGUACCAACAUAAAGUAUCAUCUCAAAUGAAUACAAGAUCUACUAUCUCAAGGGUUCGAUCAAAUGAACCUGGUGUUGAUCCAGAGGCUAUUGAAUUAGAUAAUAAUAGUUUACAAGCUAGAAGUGGUACCAAAUAUCAAUCAAGGCACUCUUCUAUAGAAUCACAUAGUCAAAAUAAUUAUAUAGUGAUUCAAUCAAAUCAAAAUCACAAGUCUUCUCAAAUUUGCGAAUCACAAAAUUAUCAUGGCAAUUUUGAAUUCUCGUCUUUUAUUGCCAAUAAGUAUCAACAUAAAGUACCAUCUGCACUUCAACUGAAUUCAAGAUCCAAGGUUCAAUCAAUAAAGUCACCUUUACUUGAGCGCCCUAACAUUUAUAACAAUCAUUAUUCUGAUCGAAGUUACUGUCCACAUUCUGCUGAAACGGAAUCUUCAGAUGAUGAAAUCUUUUCUUCACUUGGCCAGCAUUACAAUACGAAUUCCUUUAAAAAGUCAUCUCAUUCGGCACUUUCAUUAAAUAUGCAAAAUACAAAGCAUACUACUCUAUACCCAACUAUUCAAUCGGGCUUAGCAGCUUUGUCUACAAAAAGUGGUCUUUUUUUUCAGAAUGAGAUACAUUUUGUACGCUGGCUAGAAACACAUAGAGAUGUAGUAUUACAAGCAUUGAACUUUAUGCUUUCAUCACCAUCUGUUAUGUCAAGUCAUUUAUCUUCAUCUGACUUACCAAAUUUGGCAAAAAUACUUUCUGAGCAAUCGCGAAUUUUAUUUCUUCGAACUCGAAUGCCAACGAAAAGAACCUGUACUUCACUAAUCAAAUGCAUUAUUCCUAAUAUUGUUAACAUACCUGAUUGGAAUGGAGUCUCAAGUAAAUUAAGACAAGUGUUUAAAAACUUUCGUAGUACAUAUAAUGAUGAUAUUGCCAAAUUGGCAACUGGAGUUGUGUGGGAAAAGCCACUUAAGAGGCACAUUGAUAUACUCGAUUAUGAUGUUUUCAAAAACCAGCAAUUAGGUAUAAGGCAUUAA